AUGGAGGACGGUCAUGAAAUUUCAAGCUCCACUCAAAAGUCAAAUAAUAACCUAAUUUUGGCUCAGUCUUUAAUAAAUUUGAUCGAUAAUCAUUCAGAAGGGACUGACAAGGUUAUGGACGGGAAUAAUGGCGAAACACAGAAGCUUGUAGAAGAAUUAAACACUGAAAUUUUAACGACAUUGACCGCACCGGUUAAAGCAAAAUUAUCGAAGGAUUCCUCGGCAAAGUUACACGGUAAAAGAGACAAGAUCAUGGAAUAUUGCAG